UAUCAGCGUACGUGUUUAGAAAACAGCGCUACACUGCUAGAUGGCAUCAUCUGUAGUUUUGUACUAUUUGACACUCUUUUCUUGCACUUAAUUGGAAAUUUCCAUGGCUGGAAAAGAGUCGAAAGGAUUCGCAUUGUUUCAGAUCAAUAGUCAAGAUGUUUGGGAUGCAGAUGAUCGCGAAUACCUGAAUAUUAUAUCUCCCAAGGGUUGUUUUUCAAUUUAUUGAUUAUUUUGCGUUAGUUGUACAGAAAACAGCACAAAAGGUUCUGGAGUUACAUAGAAAAGAGUCUGAAAUCGCCGAAAAACAGAAUGAUGGACACAAAAGUAUUGAAUCACUUGAAAUUAAAAAUUCACUUGUACUCCCACCAUAUGAAAAAUUCCCAAAACAUGCACCUGGUAUGGGUGUAAGAUUACGAGCAAGUCCGGAUGAUUUUACUGUUGCACAUCAAAAACUAUUAGAUCAAGGUCGAAGUCAACGUUUCAAAACGUGUAUCAAUUCAAGUAUAACAGAUUUAACUAUAUUGCGUCAACUUUCUUGGUCGGGAAUUCCAGGUGAACUACGACCAACAGUAUGGAAAUUAUUAUGUGAUUAUCUUCCAACUAGUCCUGACCGACGUGUCACUGUAUUAUCGGAUAAACGUAAACAAUAUGCCUUGUUUGUUAGUCAAUAUUUUCAUUUUCGUGAAAAUCCCAAACAUAAACCAAUGUUUCAUCAAAUUCAAAAAGAUUUAAAUCGUAUGACAUUACUUUAUCGACGACCAGAAAUGGUUGCAAUGUUUGAACGAAUUCUAUUUGUUUGGUCUAUGCGACAUCCAGGUAGUGGUUAUGUUCAAGGUAUCAAUGAUUUGUUAACACCAUUCUUCAUUGUAUUCCUGUCAGAAUAUACACAUGUUGAUUUAAUACCAUCUAGUUUGAAUGAUGGCAAAUCAUCAGAUUUAAAUACAUCAGGUGAAUUAAGUUUACAAUCAGAUAUUACACCAGAACAAUUAACUGCUGUAGAAGCUGAUGUAUUUUGGUGUAUAUCACAUCUGUUAGAUACUAUACAAGAUAAUUAUACAUUUGCUCAACCUGGUCUACAAAACAAUGUGAAAAUGUUAGCUAGUCUAAUUGAACGUAUUGAUAAUAAAUUAUAUCAACAUUUUUUACAAAAUGAUAUUGAAUUUUUACAAUUUGCUUUUCGUUGGAUGAAUAAUUUAUUGAUACGUGAAUUACCGCUGCGUUGUAUUAUACGUUUAUGGGAUACUUAUAUGUCAGAAAAUAGUGGGUUUUCCAAUUUUCACGUUUAUGUUUGUGCAGCUUUCUUAUUACAAUUUUCUAAUGAUCUAUGCCGUGAACGUGAUUUUCAAGGUAUCAUGUUAUUAUUACAACAUUUGCCAACAUUUCAUUGGACUGAUGAAAAUAUGAAUUUAGUACUAGCUGAAGCAUUUCGCUUGCAUUCAUUAUUCAAUUCAGCUAUGCAUCAUUUAGAUUUCCGUCGUCAAUCGGAUUUUGAUUGAACGCAACAAUAUUGGCGUGUGCUGUGUGCUCUGUGUGUGUGUUUCUGUGCCUACGGACGGAUAUGUGUGUACAGCCAAUUAUUAUUUUGAAACAUGAUUAAAGACUCUCAACUACUACACACUAGUGAAAUGAAAAGUCUUUCUCAAUUCGUAUUUCUUCCUUUCCCCUUUUUUGUGUAACAAUCUAAAUUGGCUACUGUUACAUUUUAUUUACCCCCCCCCGCCCACCUCCGUCAAUACUGCUCAACUUCUAAUUACGUGUAAUCGUAGUCAUAGUGGUAGUAGUAGUAGUAAUAGUAGUAACCGAAACAGACGACGUGUUACCUCUAACGACGACCACUACUGCUACUGCUGCGGCUGCUGCUCUUGCUGUACAUCGGUACAUUAAAAUUUCAGUUUGAUUUUUCUAAAUUUUAUUCAAUAUCAAAGUAUUUUUUUUCUCCUCAUUUUAUUUUCCCCACCUCUCUCUGUAUCUCUCUAUCUCUAUUGUGUAUUUGAUUUAUAUAAAUGUAUUUAUUGAUAAAACUGACUAAAAUUUGUCCUUUGAAUCGUUUUUUUCCUAUUAUUCACUUGUAUUUAUUUAUCAACAUUGAUAUAAUUAUUAUUUUGCUGGUUGAUUUCAAUCUGUAUUCCAUGUUUUUAUAGUUACGUUUAUAUAUAUAUAUAUAUGUAAAGCUCUACAAUUCUCGAUAGAUAGACAGCUAUGUGUGGAGAUGGUUGGUUUGUGCGAUGUGUGCGUGUGUGUGUGCGCGCGUUCGUUUCUGAUUGCUUAUUUCACACACAAUUCAUCAACAUCCUAGUGGACGUGUGUGUCUUUCAAUAAUUUUUUUCCUACACAGUAUGUGUACCGGCGCGCGCGCGCGUCUAUGCACCUCUCGAACGGAGGAGAAAGAGACCAGUUUGUAGUUUAGUUUAGUAUACACCUACACAUCAUUGUAGAAUAUGUUUUUUUUAUAUCAGCAUCUAUUUUGUAUUUGUAUAUUGUCUUAUUUCUAUCCGGGGUGGUUAGGUGGUGGUGAACAAGCGCACAUUAUCUUUAUACGAGCAGUAUUCUUCUAGACUCUUUUGUCCUUUGUGUGUGCAUGUGUGUAUACAAUUGUAUGUGUUAUUGUACUUGAAAAAUGUGUUUGUACACUCCUUUUUUUUCUACUGUUUAGAUGAUGAUGACAUGAAAUAAUCUCUUCCAUUUUUUUUGUUAAUGUGUGUGAUAUGCUUAAAAUAAAAGUUAUUUUUUGUUCAA